GUUAAGUUUUCGAGUUUGUUUAUUUACCUUUAUCAACGCAAUUUUUUUGCCGCAAGUAAUUGAAUUAAAUAACAAUUGUAAUACAGAGAUUUUUAUGCAAUUUAUCUUUUAUCGGGUUGUCGUGUUUGUUUAUUUACUUUUAUCGACCAAUUCUUUUGCCGAGGGCGAUAGAAUUUAAACAUUUUUGUGUUUGCUUAAAAAUAUAAUAUAUUUUGUUAAUUAAAGAGCUAAUAAUAUGGGUGGACUAUUAGGCAUUGCGGAAAUUUUCGAUUCUUUCGAUAAUGUUUACCUUCUGAGCACUGUGACGAUGCUAGCUGCGGUUAUACUAGCAUUCUACUUUUCCAAUUUGGUGAAGGACAUUGGGUUGUAUGGCUCACGCUUGGAUCGUGAAGUGGAAGAGCAGCCUAAUCUACUGGCAACUGAAGGCGAUUUAUAUGAUUGCAGUGACGAAGACGACAUCGACACGGAUAAUCCGUUAGGUGAUGGACUGGUUGGUAAAAUGAAAUCAGCGCGGCUCAAAGAGUUGGAAGCUCAAUUGACGCGCGACCAAUUGGAGGAAGAACGCAAAAUCGAAAGAGAACAACUUGCGGCGAUUUUUGAACUAUUAAAAAAGCAAGAGGCCGACCUCAAUACGAAGGAAAUCGACGAGAGAGAGUUAGUUGCUCAACUAAAUUUGUAUCGUUAAGGCAAAAAUAAAAUGUCCCUGUUUUUUAGACAACACUUUGUCUAACAAGUCUGUGUAGCAAUAAGUAAAUAUAAGCAGUGUUUGCCUAGUCUAAUGUUCGUUAAAUGACGUAGUGUUUAGUAUAAUUGUAUGGUAUUAGCAAAUUUUAAUAAAAGUAACACUUAAUUAUUAUA